AUGUCGCACAUGGGAAGAAACAUGAGGAAUGAUUCGAAAAUGUACUCGCAUCCUGCUUAUUCCGUGCGGACGUCAGAAACAGUCGUGACAGGAGUAGAUGAUCAAUUCAUCAAAUCAAAAGAAGGGAUUCUCAAGAUCCUUCAAGUGGUCUUUGGCGCAAUUGCUUGGAUCAUCAUGGCUUCCCUUCCGUACAUGCGGAUGAUUUACACGCAAGGACAUACAGCGCCGUUUCAUGCUAUCAUGACUCUGGAGCUACUUGCCUGGAUUGUUACAGUAAUUAUUCUCAUUUCAAAAGCUUGCGGUACUGGAAUGAAUAGCAAGGGCUUCGCUGGCUGCAUGUACAAAUCAACUUGGGUUUUCAUCCUGAAUUUCAUUCUUUUUGCGUUUUUCUUGAUCGCUGCUUGCAUUUUGGCCGCCAAUGCUUACAGAUUUGACCUUGGAUCGUCGGCAUAUUCUUCAUUCGGAAAUCGCGGACGAAUGCAAGAAAUGAACCGAUACGGCUACGAAAUCGGACGAAAUCAGCAAAACGGAGAAGGAGGCACCUUCAAUCUGGGUUCCUGCGAUAGCUUCAACGUCAAUCAGCCCUACUGUGCGAUGCAUGCUGAGGAGUGCAGAAAGUUUUUUGAUGACUGCAUGAAAAUCGCCUCCGGGACUGGCUACAACAAGUACUUCGUCAACGCAAUUACUGCCUGCGUCUUUGCAUUUAUCACGACGAUUCUUUACCUGGUAAGCAUGGUUCUUGCAUUCAAAGAUGGCGGGUGGACUCCAUCUAUUCCCGAUCUCGCAUCUUUCAACCCGCUAGAAAAAGAAGAAAUCUCGAACGACAUUGAAUUCGGCAACGACGAUGAUCUCAAUCGCUCGCUGAGAAAGAACACCUGGAAGAACCAGUCGAAGCAGGGAAGAUCUUCAAAAGCUGAAAUCACUUAUUCGGAGGCAAAUUCCGGCAUCGUGAAACCAACACUCUCCUCAACCCUCUCGAAAAAUUCCGUCUUCACUUCCAACGGCGCCAAUCUCAUCUAA